AUAUUUGGGCUUUAUAAGGCCCAUAAUAAUUGUAGCAACUCUUACUAUACUCAUUGCUGUAUCUGAUCAUUUACUUCAGUCUUCAGAUAUCUGAAUUAUCCACAAAUCUAAAAUUGAGAAAACUUAAAAAAGUUCCCAAUUUCGAAAAAUGUCACUAACCGCACAAUUCUCGCCGCCGGUCACCGGAAUAACCAGGAGUCUCCGGGAUACAAAACCGUCACUGUCUAAUCUCCGUGUAUUUCCGGUUUACACUGAGAUAAGAACUAUGACGACGAGUAAUCUGAGGAAAUCGGCGUGUUUUGUGGCUAAGGCUAUAGAACAGAGACGAGAUACAGCUGGAUCUGAAUCGGAAUCAGAAGCGACUCCGUCACCGGCGGAAGAGAGUGGAAGCGGAGAAGAUAAGGAAGUGGAGAUUAGCGCGAUAGGAGCAGAGAUAAAAGCAGCGAUGGAGCAGAGGAAAACGGCGGAGGAAGAGAAAGGGAAGAACGAGUUUCUUAGUGGAGUUGCGGAGGAAGUGAAGGAGAUUGAGUGGCCGGCGUUUCAGAAAGUUCUCGGAACUACCGGCGUCGUGCUCGGUGUUAUCGCUGGCUCUAGCGUCGUCUUGCUCACUGUCAAUUUCCUUUUGGCUGAACUCUCUGAUCGAGUGUUCAUCGGAAGAGGUGUUCAAGACUUCUUCAGCUGAUCCUGUGAAUUGAAAAUGGUAAAAUUUGUGUGUACAAUUUUUAGUGAUUGCAAUGAGAAAUCGAAACAUUGUUGAUUUGUGUAGAUGAUGAUAAAGAGAAUUAUCGGAAUCACUCCUUUUGAGCAUUACCUUCUUCUUAUCCUAAUCUUAUAUUUAGCCUGAAAUAUUGACUU